GUGAUAGGUUUCGUAACGGCUGGUAUGUUUUGUAACAGUUUCCAAGUUUAAACGUGAUCCUUUGCGUACAGUCUUGCAUACUGCUGUAUUGACCGUCUACACACUAUGCAUGUUCAUCACGUCUGAACCCGUCCUUUGAGGAUAAUACUUUACCGUUUACACUUUCUCAGCAGCAUAAAGACAUACAUUUCCAUACCUUUGGGGACUCCUGGCCAGCGGUGUGUUGGACCGAGGCGCAGCCACGGUUCAGGGGUGCUUCUGCAUGGUUACAGGGUCGCAGGUGACCUUCGGCUCUACUGUAGGACGGACCUCGUAACAGACGUCGCACUGUUUUGGUUGCCAUUUAAAAUACUAAUUCUAGAUCCGUCGUUUAAUAAGAAAUGACUCAGACGGCCUCUGUUUGACCACGGCGAGGUUUGUGUUGACGUCCGCUUCCAGGCGACGCGCCGUGACGUCAAACGCUGAAUAUGUUGGACGACCCAAACAUUCCCCUUCUGCGAUUUUUGAAACAGUCCAUUUACAUGUUACAUUUAAUAUAUUGGCAUAAAUAUAUCUGAUAUUGUCAUUUGAUUUAAUUGUUGAAUUAUGCUUUGAACGCUGAUUUUGUAAAGUGGGCUAUAAACGCAAGUAUUUUAAUGAGCCGUAAAGGGAAAACUCCGUGCGUGAUCAUGGUUCUGGAGUAAAGUAGUUAGCAACCGAAGCUAGGCUAAUGUUUAUCUUUAGUGAGCGCUGCGCAUCGUUUGAGGACAAGACAGAUGGCUGUCCGGUGGUUAUGCAGGUAAGAUUCGAACUAGAAUACUAGAUCAUGUUUACUGCCUUCAUGUGAGUUACUCUUCCAAAGCAUUUGAGCCUUAAGAGGCGGAUCUAGGUGCUGAUCGGCGUCGGAACCUAGCUGCGAGGAGACGAUGCUAGUCCCUCUACUCCUGUGGACGUGGAGAGAGAGAGAGAGAGAGACGUUCUCUGUGUCGCCCUCACACACGUUACCCUUUUAGUGGAUGAUCGGUAGUCAUGGCUACACACAGUAUGUUAACAGUAUAUAUCAUGUUGGUGUUUAAAGAAGCACUAUAUACAUUGUGUAAGACAAGUGAGUAGUGUAGUCGGGAUCGCGAUUCAGUGGGAGGGGCGACGCGCACCGCAGUGUUCCGCACGGCGCGGCGAGGCGCACCGGAGAAGAUAUCAAACCCGCCCGAACCGUCUCUGUGGAUCGGACCGACACACACCCGGGUCGUCUUUAGCGGAUGGAAACAGACAUCCUCCAACAUGUGCGCGAAUGUGUUUGGAGUGCUGAAAAGCCUGUUCGGGAAGCCCUUUGAUGGAGGCAAGAGGAUGGACCACGGCGGGUCCCAGGGCCAACCGGCCCCUCAGCCGCAGCCGCACCCCUCCCAGGGCCCCUUCCCCCAGUACUCCCAGUACCCCCAGUACGCCCAGUACCCCCAGUACCACCAGUACCACCAGUACUACCAGUACCCCCCGCCGCCGCAGCAGCAGCCGCAGCCGUACCAGCCGCAGCACCCCACCAUGACGCGGCUGUACGAGGUGCAGCGCGAGGUGGCCUCGCUGGGGCCCCAGGUGUGCACCUUCAGCGGCCUGCAGGACGAGCGCGAGUACAAGCGGCUGGAGCGCGAGCUGGCGCGCCUGCAGACGGACGUGGACGGGCUGGACACGGAGGGCCGCGGCGAGCUGCAGGCGGCGCGCAAGCGGGCGGCGCAGGAGCUGGAGGGCCUCCUGCGCUACCUGGAGGAGAACGCCCGCCACCCGUCCCGCCUGGCCAUCGAGGAGCUGAGCCGGGAGGCGCGGCGGCUGGUGGACGAGGGCGUGGUGGCGCCGCAGCGGGCGGGCGGCGCGCCCGAGAUCGGCGACGAGCUGGUGGACGCGCUGCAGGCGGUGGUGCUGCGGCUGACGCAGGUGAAGACGGAGGGGCGCGUGCCGCUGCGCAAGGCGCGCUACCGCGCCCUGACGCGGCUGUGCGCCGUGCAGGCGGUGGUGGAGGGGCGCACGCGGCAGCAGACGCUGUCGCUGCCGCUGUCGGGCGACACGCACGCCUCGGUGCACCGCGUGAACCAGGCCAUGGUGGAGGUGAGCGUGGCCCGCAGCCAGCUGGUGGCGCUGCUGAUGGGGCUGAGCGGGCGCGACAGCUGCGCCCACCUCUCCCGCGUGCUGACGGAGCUGCUGGUGGAGCUGGACGCCCUGGACGUGUCGGGCAACGCGGCCGUGAGGAACUACCGCAAGCAGGUGGUGGAGGAGAUCAACGGGCUGCUGAAGCACCUGGACCUGGAGGUGGAGGGCGACGACACGCGCAGGUACGACCUGGCGCAGAACGACUCCAUCCGGGAGAUCGAGGCGGUGCGCGGCCACGUGUCCCACCUGCGGGGCGAGGUGCUGCGCUACGCCGGCUCCCGGGACGAGAUCUGGCCCAAGGCGGAGCUGCAGAGCCUGCUCACGCACCUGGACCAGGUGGACACGGCGAAGAACCCCUGCAUCCGCGAGGCUCGCCGCCGCGCGGUGCUGGAGGUACAGGCGCUGGUCACCUUCCUGGACCUCCGCGAGGCCCUGGCGCGCCGGCAGACGGGCCCCGGGGAGCCGCCCGCGCACCGGGCCGUGUGGCUGGUGCUGGGCAGCCUGUCGGAGCUCCAGGCACAGGUGCUGGGCUUCGGGGGCAAGCGCGCCGACAAGAGCUACAUCCUGCUGGAGGAGCUGCUCACCAAGCAGCUGCUGGCCCUGGACGCCGUGGACCCCCAGGGGGACGAGAGCACCAAGGCCGCCCGCAAGCAGGCCGUCAAGUUCGCCCAGAACAUUCUGGGCUACCUGGACCUGAAGACGGACGAGUGGGAGUACUGAGCGUCCCCCCCCGGGCGUCUCCAGGGCAGGGGGAAGCUCGGAGCAGGAAAAACGGGAACGCUUUGUAAAUAAACGGCUCCGUCCGGCGGUCCGCCGUGUGUAAAUACGGACUCCGACUCCCAGAAUACACAGGGGCGGCGUGUUGUGUUCCCUUGUUGUCGGUGUCGCCGUGGCGAGAAGCCACGGGCAAGAACAACACAUUUUGUGAGAUACACGUUUGGAGAAGAAAAAAAAAAAACGUAUUCCAGUGACACUUUUGCCUCCUUGAAGGUUUACAGAGUUUUUUCUAAAGAAUAUCUUGUAUGUGGUCGUAUGCAAGUUGUCCCGUUAUGUGUCCUCGUGUUUGUCGUCUAUUCGCCGGCUGCAAAAGCGCUAAAAAAAAAACACAUCCGUCUAUGUCGCUGCAGGCGUCAGCGAGCCGCACGACCGCGCCCGCGUUAACCCUCGCUCGCGACCCUCUACUGCGGUCCGACGGUAACUCACACAGAGAACCCCCGCGCGCUGAACGGCGAGGGGGGGCGGCGGUGACGGCGGGAUCAGUGAUGGAGCGCUAUAUAGGUUUGGACGCCGGUGGACGUGGCGGCCACGAAACGUGCACCUUGACCCGCUCUAAAACCAAAAGAUUGGUUCUAUUUAAAGUGUGAUACCAAGGGUGCCGGCGUACGCACAACUUGGCAAGUAAGUCGACCUCAGACUGAUUCCACCUCCGGAGGCGGCUCCACAAACACAGAGGCGCUGCCAGGACUGACACUGCGGGGGGCCACGCUGCGCUACGCUCACACUUGGACGGCCCCGGGGUGUUCAUUCGGAAGCAGGAUAUUAAAAGCGCCCCUAUUUAGAGAUCAGCCCAUUAGAGACACACUCCCGUCACAAUGGGGAGUGUCUACCCAUAUGUAUGAUGGGUAGUUCGGCCUACCAGUUAGUGCAGUGCAGCAGGUAGGCUGGCAGUUUAUCAGUAGACCAGAGACUACCAGUUGGCACAGUCCACUGGUUACUGGUAGGUUAGUCCACUGGUUAUUGGUAGGUUAACACUAGACCAGAGACUGCCAGUUGGUACAGUCCACUGGUAGGUUAUCAGUAGACCAGAGACUACCAGUUGGUACAAUCCACUGGUUACUGGUAGGUUAGUCAACUGGUUAUUGGUAGGUUAUCAGUAGACCAGAGACUACCAUUUGCUACAGUCAAGCUGGUUACUGGUAGGUUAUCAGUAGAUCAGAGACUACCAGUUGCUACAGUCAAGCUGGUUACUGGUAGGUUAUCAGUACACCAGAGACUACCAGUUGGUACAGUCCAGCUGGUUACUGGUAGGUUAUCAGUAGACCAGAGACUACCAGUUGGUACAGUCCAGCUGGUUACUGGUAGGUUAUCGGUAGACCAGAGACUACCAGUUGCUACAGUCCAGCUGGUUACUGGUAGGUUAUCAGUAGACCAGAGACUACCAGUUGGUACAGUCCACUUGGUUACUGGUAGGUUAUCAGUAGACCAGAGACUACCAAUGGGUGCAGUCCACUGGCUAGGCGAGUCUAUCUAAACUAGGCUCCAUGAGAGUCGACGCACGCUUGGAUCUGUUACAUUCGAGGCCAAAGUCUUUAAAGACCCUAAUUACAGCGAGAGCAGUUGGUGUUUUUACAGCACUGACCUGACGCUAGGUCACUCUACCAGCAUGCUAGCAUGAUUAGCUGGUGUGUGUGUGUGUGUGUGUGUGUGUGUGUGUGUGUGUGUGUGUGUGUGUGUGUGUGUGUGUGUGUGUGUGUGUGGCUUGAGAUACCAGCGCUGGCCUCCCGGUUAUUCUGUCACCGAGCAACCCUCAAACCUGAUUAAAGAAACCCCACCACCCCACCUGGUGUGGUGUUCAAAGUGCCCCCGACAGUGGCACCCCAAGUGGGAGUGUAGAUCACCAUACCACCUGUGUAUCCACUGGUGGGUUUAUCCAUCAGUCAUACUGGCUGGACACGCCCCCUUGUGAGGUCACUAAUGGGCGGGUUUUGAAAUGGCUUGUAAUGGCUGAUCAACGUCACACGCACUCGAACAGCAAAACACCAUUUCCUCUUCCUUCAGUCGUGACUGUGUGCACUGGCCUGUCGUCGGACUAGGGCGGGGUCCAGACAGAA